AUGUCCACCUCCACUUUCUUCGUCUGCGGUGCUACCGGCACCCAAGGCGGCGCCGUGAUCAACCACCUUCUCAAAGCUGGCGCCAAAGUCCACGCCAUAGCCCGCAACCUCGAUACUCCAGCGGCCCAAAGCCUCCAAUCCCGCGGGGUACAUCUCACACAAGGCGACUUCACCGACCCCGACACCUUCAAACAAAGCAUGAAGGGCUGCACCGCGCUCUUCCUCAACCUAAUGCCAGACCUACGAGUCCCAAACAGCGAAGUCCACCAGGCCGAGAACAUUCUAUCCGCUGCUAAAGAAGCGGGCAUCAAACAUGUCAUCUACUCCAGCGGGUUCUCCGUCGACGAGCCCCAACGACUAAAGCACUGGGACCCGAACAGUUUCGUGGCGAAGAUUCUCCUUAACAAACAAACGGUCGAGAAUAAAGUGAGAACGGCUGGAUUCGAGUACUGGACUAUCUUACGACCUGGGAACUUCAUGUCAAAUUUCCUGCAGCCCCUUGUCCAAAUGUAUACCGGCUUUGUCGAGACCGGCGUCUGGACUACGGCUCUGCUGCCUGAGACGAAACUCGCCAUGGUGGAUCCCAAUGAUAUCGGAGCCUUUGGAGCAGCGGCACUGCUUGAUCCUGCCAGGUUUCAUGAGAAGGAGAUCGAAAUUGCUUCCGAGCUUAGGCAAGUGGGGGAUAUAACGCAGGCAUUGGCGCGUGUGACCGGGAGAGAUCUUAAAGUGGUAUUUAUGUCGCAGGAAGAGAUUGAAAAUCAAGCUGCGCAGAAUCCGUUCAUAGGGGGCCAGCUGUUGAUGCGCGGUAUGGCGGAUCUCGUAGACUUGGAGGGGGUGAGAGCUUGGAAGUUGCCUUUGGGGACGUUUGAGGAGUUCUUGGAAAGGGAGAAGGAGGCAAUUAAAGCGACUUGCUACAAUGAAGCUGUGAAACUCGCGGAACGACGACGUGUCUUCAACGUCCCCGAAUUGAAGCGCCUUGCUGCCGAGUCGAUUAACCAAGGCGCGAAUGAUGUCGCUCGCUUCGAGAAGCUUGCCGAGGGAGGGUUUAACCGUAUUUUCCUAGUGACAAUGAACGAUGGCUCCCAAGUCAUCGCUCGUAUCCCGUAUCCCAGUACCGAACCGAAGUACUUCGUGGUAGCCAGUGAAGUGGCGACUUUGGAUUACCUUCGUCUACAUGAUAUACCCGUACCCAAAGUUUUUGGCUACUCGGCCACCGCAGAUAACGCAGCAGGCACGGAAUACAUCUUUAUGGAAUAUGUCCGUGGACGAGACUUGGGUGACCUAUGGUUCGACCUGCCCGAAGAUGCCUGUUCCACAAUCAUUAAAAACAUUGUCGAGUUGGAAGCUCGCCUUUUUAGACUACAAUUUCCUGCCAGCGGAAGCCUUUACUAUACGACGGAUCUGCGCUCCAAAACUGAUACACCAUCCGUGCCGGUGGAAGAUUCGCCAAGCAAUGGCCGGUUCAGCAUUGGUCCCGACACUUCGUUGCGAUUGUGGUUCGGGAAAAGACGGGAACUGCAAGUCGAUCGUGGCCCGUAUGAGACUGCUGAAGCGGCUAUGACCGCGGGCGCCAAAAAGGAGCUUGCCUACUUAGCUAGGUUUGGUAAACCACUUCAACCUCUCCAACCUAUGUAUAGAGAGUUGUACAAAUACCAGAAAGUGUCACAUUUGGGUCAAAUGAGGAAUUUAGAAAACUACCUACGGGCUGCGCCUCAUCUUGUCCCUAGAAAUUUUAAAUUCCUCUGUGAGCCUACAAUCAGACACCCCGACUUGCAACCGAAUAAUAUCUUGGUCUCCGACGAUCUGAAGAUCACUGCCUUGAUAGACUGGCAGCAUUGCUCUAUUUUACCUCUGUUCCUGCAAUGUGGUUUCCCAGACAGUAUACAGAAUUACGGAGACGAGGUGUCUGAAUCUCUCGACAUGCCUAAGCUGCCAAACGACUUCGAUAGCCUGGAUGACAGCAACAAGUCCGAACAGCUCGAAAUUCUCCGAAGACGGCAUAUUCAUUACUUCUACGCGUGGUAUUCUGUGAAGUUGAACUCUAUUCAUGGAAUUGCUUUGGACCACGAUCUAAGCAUUCUUAAGCGCAAGAUCUUCGAGCACGCGAGCAAACCAUGGGAGGGGGACAACGUGUCGCUGAAAGCGGACCUCGUUUACUUAGCGCAGAACUGGGGUAAACUGUCGAACCCAUCGUCCGGUACUAAUCCAGGUGUCUGCCCGUUAGAAUAUUCGCCCGACGAGGCAAGCGAAUGUUUGAAUCUUAAUGCCGAGCAGAUCGAAUCGGAUGAAGAGCUACAGAUCUUCAGGAACUAUGUUGGAGUAGGGCCAGAUGGGUGGGUGCCGUCGGACCGAUAUGACGAAUCCAAGCGACGUGAAAUGAAAUUGAAGGAACUUGCGCUCGAGGCAGCUAAGACGGAAGAGGACCGGGCUAGGAUCUCCGAGAAUUGGAUCUUCAAGGAUUACGACGAGGAGAUAUACAGGUAG